AUGGAUGGCCUUUCGGGAGCGGCAAGCGUGAUAGCGGUCGUGGACCUGUCUGCCAAAGUCGCGUCGCUCUGCUACCAGUAUUUAGCCACAGUCAAACACGCAAAGCGAGACAUCGAGCGCCUCCACCAGAAAGUGACUGAUGUCAAGAAUGUCCUCGAAAAGCUCCAGCAGCUUCUAGAUAAGCAUGACAAAUCGCAGCUCUCUACUACACACACAUUACUGGACCCACUCCAAAGAUGCUUCCAGGAGUUGAAAGAUAUCGAAGCUGCCCUCCAGGCUAAACUCUCUCCCAGCUCAGGCCGUAAAGCGAUGCAAAGGUUCGGCAUUCGAGCUUUGAAAUGGCCGUUCACGAGCAAGGAGGUAGAAAAGACCGUUCAAAAUCUCAAGGAGUAUGAGAACACGUUCAGCCUUGCGCUCCAGAUUGAUCAGCUCGCGCUUCAAGUCGAUCAAACAAAUCUUGUUGUGGCUAUAAACCAGAAACUAGACCUAACCAAACUGCCUAUCGCGGCAGGCUCGUCCUUCGACUCGCAUGCCGAUGAACACAACGCACGAUGUCUGCCUAAUACCCGCACCGCGCUGCUGCACAGUAUUACUGAAUGGGCAAACCAAAAAGAUAGCAAACCAAUCUUCUGGCUGAGCGGCAUGGCCGGCACAGGAAAGUCCACGAUCGCGCGGACAAUUGCCCAAUCACUUUCCGAAGCCGGUCAGCUAGGAGCAAGCUUCUUCUUCAAGAAAGGCGAGGGCGAGCGCGGCAAUGCGUCACGUUUCUUCAGCACCAUCGCCAAUGAUCUGGUUGCUCGGGAACCCGGCAUGCUACCUGAUAUCAGGAAAGCACUCGAGGACUCAGCUUUAUCACAGAGGGCACUGAAGGACCAGUUUGAGAAACUCAUAUUGCAUCCGCUCUCGGGGGUGCAACAGCCACGCUUGAUUGCCACCGCGUUGGUAGUAGUUAUUGACGCAUUAGACGAAUGCGAGAGGGACGAGGAUAUUCGAGCUAUACUCCAGCUUCUUGCACGCACCAAGGACAUGCGACCAGUCUCGUUACGAAUCUUAGUAACUAGCAGACCAGAGCUCCCUAUUCGCCUGAGCUUUAAGAAGAUGCCAAACGGAACAUAUCAAGACCUUGUUCUUCACGAAGUCGCAAAGGACACUAUUGAACAUGACAUACGACUCUUCUACGAGCACGAGCUCAGUGCGAUACGGCAAGCACGCAUGCUUUCUACAGACUGGCCGACGGCAGAUCAGGUCCAGGCCCUUGUCGAGAUAGCUGUGCCGCUGUUCAUCUUUGCCGCUACCGUGUGCCGGUAUAUCAGCACGAAAGGAGGUGACCCGGAAGAUUAUCUAGACAAGGUGCUGCAGUAUCAGAAGUCCAACUUCUCACAGCUUGACCGAACCUACCUUCCUGUAUUAGACCAGCUGCUAGUUGAUCAGGAGGAAGACGAGAAAGACGCUUGGCUGCGCGUAUUUCGAAACAUUGUGGGCAGCAUUGUUCUUCUAGAAAGCCCACUCUCCAUUGCAUCACUUGCACGUCUCCUGCAAGUUCCACAGAAGAAGAUACAGUAUCGGCUAGACGCAUUGCACUCUGUUCUUAGCAUCCCUGAUACUGACAGGGCCCCUGUUAGGCUGCUUCACUUGUCUUUCCGCGACUUCCUCGUCGGACAUCAAAGACAAAGUAUGAGCCGGUAUUGGGUAGACAAGAGAGCCACACAUAAGGACUUGGCAUCCCGUUGCCUUGAACGUAUGUCCGGCACAGACGGCUUGCGACAGAACAUGUGCAGCCUCCAGCCAGGUACGUCACGAAGCGGAGUUGACGAAGUACAGAUUGCGAGCUGUCUGUCACCUGAUCUGCAGUAUGCAUGUCGCUACUGGGUCAGUCAUCUUCAGCAGAGUCAGCAAGUCGUUGUUGACGGAGACACAACGCACCUUUUCCUACAGAAGCAUUUUCUGCAUUGGCUUGAAGCUCUUAGCCUUAUGAGAGAGCUAAGCAGAUGCGUUCAUCUACUGAACAGCCUUAAGAAGCUUGUAGAUCCAUCUCCAAGUUCAGUUUCCAACUUUAUACUGGACGCUGAACGAUUUGUACUGCGGUUCCAGUCUACGAUAGCAGACGCUCCACUGCAAGCCUAUUGCUCUGCGCUUGUGUUUGCGCCGGAGAUGAGCAUAAUACGACGAACAUUUAACGACCAAGUGUUACUAGGGGUCUGGAUGGUGACAAAGAGGGAAGAAAAUUGGGACGCGUGUCGCAGCACGCUGGAGGGCCAUUCUAACUCGGUCAACGUGGUGGCCUUCUCGCCGGAUGGGCAGCUGGUUGCGUCGGCCUCUGCUGACAACACCGUCCGGCUGUGGGAGGCGGCCACGGGGACGUGUCGCAGCACGCUGGAGGGCCAUUCUAACUGGGUCAGGGCGGUGGCCUUCUCGCCGGACGGGCAGCUGGUUGCGUCGGCCUCUCGUGACAACACCGUCCGGCUGUGGGAGGCGGCCACGGGGACGUGUCGCAGCACGCUGGAGGGCCAUUCUGACUGGGUCAGCGCGGUGGCCUUCUCGCCGGACGGGCAGCUGGUUGCGUCGGCCUCUGGUGACAACACCGUCCGGCUGUGGGAGGCGGCCACGGGGACGUGUCGCUGCACGCUGGAGGGCCAUUCUAACUCGGUCAACGUGGUGGCCUUCUCGCCGGACGGGCAGCUGGUCGCGUCGGCCUCUCGUGACAACACCGUCCGGCUGUGGGAGGCGGCCACGGGGACGUGUCGCUGCACGCUGGAGGGCCAUUCUGACUGGGUCAGCGCGGUGGCCUUCUCGCCAGACGGGCAGCUAGUCGCGUCGGCCUCUGGUGACAACACCGUCCGGCUGUGGGAGGCGGCCACGGGGACGUGUCGCUGCACGUUGGAGGGCCAUUCUGACUCGGUCAGCGCGGUGGCCUUCUCGCCGGACGGGCAAUAUAUUGAAACAGAUCGAGGUAAAAUUCCUCUAGACCCUCCUAUUGCGCCAUCGCCUUUCACUUGUAGAUCGCAACCGUCUUACAUAUUUAUACAAGACCAGUGGAUCUUUUUAGGUCAACAGCGGCGGUUAUGGCUUCCUCCUGAAUAUCGACCGACUUGCUCUGCAGUCAACGAUAAUCUGGUCCUCUUAGGACAUUCUUCAGGACGGACUACCAUUUUUCACUGCUCUGCUACAUAG